CUGGAUUCGAAAACCCAGAGGCUGCUGUAGAAGAGUUUGUUGGCCGGAAUCCGGAGGCAAAGGGCAAAGUGGCGGCUUUCCGGCUUCCGGGCGAAUUACUAGCACAGCUGCAAAAGGUGGAAGCUGAGUACGCGGAGCUUGGAGAGGGUGCGCCGACGAGGGAGGUGCAAAGUUUGCAAUAUUUAUUGGAUGACGCAGAUGAGGAGUUCCGGGAGUGCUUGGAAGGGGUGAAAACCUUGCUUUUCGCGAAAAUGAUAGAGAUGGAGUCUUCUCGUAUCGGCGGCGAGUCUUCGGAAAUCGAGCGCGUUGAAAAAAAAAUGAGCGCAAAAAAUGACUUCUUCCGCGCUCAAUUCUUGGACUCAGAAGUCAGUGGGACGCCGAGCACGCUUGACCAAACACUCAAUUCUAAUUCAGAUGGUGCAAGACUCGCUCGUGAGUUUUUAGACCAGUUUGGUGACUGCGGCGCUGGUAAUUGGGUAGGCCCCGGACCCAAAAACUCUGCGAAUUUCGAAGCGAAUGCCAAUAUCCAAAGCUACCGAUUUUGGGUCAUCAAGCAACAGGAUUGGAAAUUGUCCUACUAGAGAAUAACGUGUGCUGUUUUCACAAAAAAGACCACCACUUGUGGGGGUGAGUUCACAAGGACCGGCUUUCCUGAGAGCAGAUGCGCUAAGUAAUGCCGUGCGCAAUUUAGUUAUAUUGCCCUUGCCCGCUCUACAGCGAGGCACGGGCUUUAGCGACGUGAAGCUGCUGUUGCAUAUACAUCAUAGACUGAUUACCCAUAAGCAUAAGCAUUACUACAUGGCGAGCAUUGCAUGACUCAAAAUUUGUCCAGGAUACGUCAUUCGUUCAAUACGCCACAGCCGUGGCACCAAGACGGUAUGCCCCAGGGCGGGCAGUACCUGGUUCUCAUCACGGUAAACACACCGGACGGUCUGGACACGCAAAAAACCGGCACAUGGAUUGGCACCAGCGACUUGCUUUCCGGUUCAGAAGCGUGGAUCUCGUUUCCGGAAAAUGGCGAGCAAACUGGCGAUGCGGCGGCACAAGAAGCGGUGGCAUUGUCGGGGCCGAUGAACAAGUGCCACAACAGAAAAAAGAUCUUCGGCUCCAAGGCUCGUCCGCCCUUGAUAGCGGGCGAUCCUGAGCUAGAUCAAGAAGCUCACUUCCAGCUCGUAGGCCCGUACGAAGAUGCCAAGCCGCUCUCUGACACUGGCAUGAGGGGCACCGACACGCGACAAGGACCAGCAGCGGCGGAGAGCUAUCUUCCGGUGCGUGAUGUGAAGCAGAAACUACUCAAGACGCCCUCCUCCUGCGACCCUCGCAUGGUUCUGGUUCCGGGCCCCCCGGGCACCGUGUUGAUCAUCAGAAAUUACGAGCUCGCACAUGCGGGGCCGCAAAUGAUUCUGUCCGGAAAAAAAGAAUGGUCGUAUGAGGAGGUUCGCGAGAAGUGUUGCGAUCAACAACGCCGCACCUUGUUGCGCCUCAACAUCUGA